GUCUGUUUGGAGAGGACUGGCGGGGGCCUGGCUCUGCUCCGGCCCGCACAGACAAGACCUCUCUCUAUCACUGGGCCCUGCGGAAGCACGAUGGGCCCGCCCAGUGUUCCUUCAGCGGCCCCUUAGAGCUGCCCCACCUGGGCUCGCUCCCCCCCCCACUGCUCUCCGCUACCCCAAGAACACAGAACUGUUUGAAAUGAUUGAAAAGAUGCAGGGCAGCAGGAUGGACGAACAGAGGUGCUCCUUCCCUCCUCCUCCUCUGAAGACGGAAGAGGAUUAUAUUCCCUACCCCAGCGUCCAUGAGGUUCUGGGCCGAGAGGGCCCCUUCCCCCUCAUAUUGCUGCCCCAGUUUGGGGGCUACUGGAUCGAAGGCACCAACCAUGAGAUGACGAGCAUCCCUGAAACGGAGGUCCUGCAGUCUCCGACCUGCAAAGUGAAGCUCGAAUGCAACCACAUGGCCAGGAUCUACAGGAAGCACUUUCUGGGCAAGGAGCACUUCAACUACUACACGGUAGACACGGCUUUGGGGCACCUUGUUUUCUCUCUCAAGUAUGACGUGAUUGGGGACCAGGAACACCUGCGCUUGCUCCUGCGGACCAAGUGCCGGACGUACCACGAUGUCAUCCCCAUCUCCUGCCUGACAGAGUUCCCCAAUGUCGUCCAGAUGGCAAAGCUGGUGUGUGAGGAUGUGAAUGUCGACCGCUUUUACCCUGUGCUGUACCCAAAGGCCUCUCGACUCAUUGUGACCUUCGAUGAGCACGUCAUCAGCAAUAACUUCAAGUUUGGUGUCAUCUACCAGAAGCUCGGUCAGACCUCAGAAGAGGAACUCUUCAGUACCACAGAGGAGAGCCCAGCCUUCGUGGAAUUCCUUGAAUUUUUGGGCCAGAAAGUCAAGUUGCUGGAGUUCAAGGGGUUUCGGGGAGGCCUUGAUGUGGCCCACGGGCAGACGGGGACCGAGUCGGUCUACUGCAACUUCCGAAGCAAGGAGAUCAUGUUCCACGUCUCCACCAAGCUGCCCUACACGGAGGGGGACGCUCAGCAGCUGCAGAGGAAGCGGCACAUUGGCAACGACAUUGUGGCCAUCGUCUUCCAGGACGAGAACACGCCCUUCGUCCCCGACAUGAUUGCCUCCAACUUCUUGCACGCCUAUGUUGUGGUGCAGGCCGAGAACCCCUGCUCGGACAACACGCUCUACAAGGUCUCUGUCACUGCCCGGGAUGAUGUGCCUUUCUUUGGGCCCCUGCUGCCCAGCCCAGCUGUGUUCCGAAAGGGGCCAGAUUUCCAGGACUUCCUCUUGACCAAGCUGAUCAAUGCAGAGUACGCCUGCUACAAGGCGGAAAAGUUUGCCAAACUGGAGGAGCGCACGCGGGUGGCCCUGCUGGAGACGCUCUAUGAGGAGCUGCACAUCAACAGCCAGUGCAUGAUGGGCCUCGGGGCAGACGAGGACAAGGGGGAGAACGGCAGUGGGAGCAGCGGGGGCUUCUUUGAGUCCUUCAAGCGGGUGAUACGUAGCCGGAGCCAGUCGAUGGAUGCCAUGGGCCUGAGCGGCAAGAGGCAGAACACCGUCUCCACCAGCCACAGCGGCAGCUUUGGGCACAACAACCCCGACAUGGUCAAAGCCGCAGGCAUAUCAUUGCUUGUCCCUGGAAAAGCACCAAGUAGGUUCGGACGUCGAGGCAGCGCCAUAGGCAUAGGAACCAUAGAAGAGUCCUUGAUAGUUCCUGGAAAGAGUCCGACACGGAAGAAAUCGGGGCCUUUCAGCUCCAGGCGAAGCAGCGCUAUCGGCAUCGAGAACAUUCAGGAGGUUCAAGAGAAAAGGGAAAGCCCAAAUGGGACCCAGAAGACCCCAGACAGUGGCCACGUAUCCCAGGAGCCCAAGUCUGAGAAUUCGUCCAAUCAGAGCUCACCAGAGAUGCCCACCACCAAGAACAGGCUAGAUCUUGUUGCCCAAAAACCAGAUGCCCUGCAGGAUUUCUCACGCUCUUCGUCCAGCGCCAGCAGCUUUGGCAGCGUGGUGGAAGAGCACGAAGGUGGCCAUGAUGAAGACACUGGUGUGGAGAGCCAGUCCUCAUCAGGCACUCCCCACAAGCGAGACUCCUUCAUCUACAGCACCUGGCUGGACGACAGCCUGAGCACCACCAGUGGGGGCAGCUCUCCAGGCCCUUCUCGCUCUCCCCAACCAGACCCCAGGAAAUCAACAGAUCCCUCUUGUCCAGAAAUCAAAAUCCAGCUGGAAAACUCAGAGCUGCAACCUCCCCACCCGAGCUGCUAGCCCUCCCCGCCCAGCCUCCAUGGAUGUGUCUCCCCACAAGCACACAGUGAAGAAGCACAAGCUGAGGGAAUUGCGGAAAGCCCCCAUCUUCAUCAUGGCACAAACAGACUGUCUGGCCGGAAAUACAUCCUUGCCGAAGCCUCCACCAUAAGCAGGUGCCUCCUCCCUCUCCUUCCGGUUGCUUCUCGUGGGGCAGCAAGGCAUGCUGGGAAUGGAAUUGCCCCAGGGCGCUGGAGGCAGCAGGGGGAAACUAGUGGCUGGGCCUUCAGAAGAGGCUCCUGAUGAACCCACCUCAUCCUCCUCCCUUCCGUGAGCUGUGCUCAAGACUUCCCUAACCAACUGAGAGGCCUGCAAUGGCUGCCGGGCCUGAUUGGAACUGAGUGGACAUCAAGACACCCUUUGAGUCAAAAUGUAGACAAUCACACACAAAGACACUAAAUGCCACCUGGCUCCCUCCCACAACCAGAUUUGCCACCCCUUUUCCUUGGUGGUGUGUGUUUGGCUAGUCUGAAGGAGGAAGGGGCAGUGGUUUGUUUCUGUAUCCCUGGCCAUUGCAUCACACGGAGAACCAUGGGCACAACUGUUGCAUGGAGCUACCUUGGAAGAGGGAAUCUAGCACAGCAAAUGGAGCUCAGCUGUCUGCUCGUGCACUGCAGAGGACUUAUGAGACUUUGGUUCUCUAAGCCAGCAUUUCAGCAUGCAUGAGGGGAAGGCAGCAAGAAGCAGAUUCCCCGGGCCCUGUUCUGGAAGCCUUGUGGCUGUGGAUUCUAAGCUGGCUUGUGGUUCGUGGAAGGCCAGCAUGGAGCAACGAUUCCACUUCUGCUUCUCCAGUUGACUAACCAUUUGUAAAACAGUCAGUCCACCGUGCACCCAGUUCGUUGUCUUGUGUAUCCUUGACCUCCUGCCAGUGGGUGCCAAGCCCAGAGCAUCAGCUACUUUCCUUCAGAAGCAGCUGCCUCUGGCUGGGGGCACAGCAACAUCUGGCAUUCCACACACACCCUCUGUCUCCAGCUGAGCCUCAUUGCUGUGUCCAUCUAUCCAUGUCUGAAAUCUUUACUUUCUAGUGGUACAUCCAGCAAUAACGGGAGCCGGGGAGAGUUGGAGGCUGGUGUGCAAACUUGGGGUAACUUUGUAUCAUAAUUCCCAAAUUAAACUCCAACACGGGGGUUGACUAGCAGGGUAUGGGGGAGCCCUCCUUCCAGGCAGCACCUGGCUCUUCUCCCCAUCAUCUUGACGUUUAUCCCAAAGAGCUGACAAUCAUUGGAAACUCUCUUAUUUACUUAAUUUUUGCCAUAUGUCAAUUGGCAUCCAAGGCACUUGGAACGUCAUCCGGUGAACUGCUUCUGUCCAGUUUAUCUUUUGGUGGUGGUGGGAGCUGGCCCAAGGCAGCCUGCAUAAGCCACCACAGCUCUUUGCAUGCCACAUCCUCUUUAUUGAGAAAAAACGAGGAGACAGGUGGAGGGUGCCGUAAGCGAAGUAGGGGGGAGGAUGGGGCUUGACAGUUGUGCAUUGCCAUAUUCUCUAGUGGGAGUUUAUCAUUUGUGGCACAAUUCCAAGCUGCCCUUGGCCCUUUCUCCAUGCAAUGGCCAGUCUGCUUCCAUGCUGUACAGUUUUUUGGGGGACCGCACUGUUAAUUUGUGACACACCUUGAUUGGCUUUCUGUCCGCCUGAAGCUGCCAAUGUGUGGGAUAGGGAAGAGUGUGCCCAGGUCCCAAAAGUGUCAAUAUAUUAUUUUAAACUGCCUUCUGUAGGUGUGACUAGAUACAGUUCUGUGAACAUCUGGGCCCAUUUUUCUGUCUGUACUGUGUGUAUCCAUCCCUUCCCCCCUCUGCCCUGCCCUCUGUUUUUGUUACUUUAUUUUUUAAAAUAUGCACAAAAAUCCAUGAAAUUUUAAAUUAAUGUUCAGAAACUAAGGUUUCCUUCUCCGUUUUUUUUUUAAUUUUUAAACUCCAAGAUUGUGUUGGUGUUUUCAGUGACAUAUGUAUAAAAAAAGUUCUAUUUAUCGCUAUUGUAAGAAGAUUCUAUUUGUAAAAUGCUUUUUAAGAUAUACAGGCUGGAAAAUAAAUGAAA